AUGCAACCUGAGGUUGAAUCAUCAGAACAAGAAAGAGUUGAGCUUUUGGUUAAAAAAGCUGAGCUUGAAGCUGAGUAUGCUAGGCUUAAGGUUGAGAAUGCUGAGUAUAUCAGGCUUAAGGCUAAGAUUAUCGAGUUUGAAGUUGAGAAUGCCAAGUUUAAAGCUGAGAAAGCUGAGUUUCUAAAAUCUACCAAAAAAUAUUACACAGAUUUUGAGGGUUAUAUAGUAAAAUUAAAACAUCUUAGUUCGCAAUACCCAGACCAUCUUGAGAGUAUUGAGGCUUUAAUUCUUGAAAUCAAAGUUCAGAACACAAAGAAUAAAUCAAUUAUAGAAGAAUAUGAAAAGGAACUGGAAUCCAAGAAAAAUCGCAAAUUUCAGACUAGAUGCAUUCAGAUAACUAAGGAAAUUCUUAAUGAGGAACCUAUGAUUGAAUAUCGUCCCCUCUUCUUAAAUGGAUUAGAGCUUGAUGCCUUCUUCCAAAGAUAUCGAAUCGCAUUGGAGGUGCAAGGAGCUCAGCAUCGGCUUCAUAACACUAGCUGGUAUAAGGAUGUUAAAAAACUCGAAGGCAUCAUUAAUCGUGAUCGGCAAAAACGUUGCAUUUGUCUAGAUAAUGGAAUUUUCCUUCUUGAAGUAUGGUAUGAUGAAAAACCAGAAAUUGUUAUUCCUAAAGGAUCCAAAAAAUUAAGGAGUUUGUUUGUCUAA